AACGGUUGUAUUGAAAACCGAGACAAGGAUCGGAGCAGAGGGUAGAAACUCGCCGGCAAGCAGGCUAAGCUCCCACGGCAAAACCCUCCCAGACAAGAAGAAGAAAUUGGAGACAACAUUUUGAGUCCAGUUUCUGAGCAAGUAGAUUUUACUGUUAGCCGGGCCACCGCAGACAAGUAGCGCAGAUGGACACCAGAUCCAACACUGAAGAUAAAUCUGUCCAGCGAUCAAAGUCUUUCAGCUUUAAGACCCAAAAGGAAGUGUGUGCAACAUGUGAGAAGACAGUCUACCCAAUGGAGAGAUUGGUUGCCAACAACCUGGUUUUCCAUUCAGCAUGCUUCUGCUGCAAGCACUGCAAAGCCAAGCUCAGCCUCGGCUCCUUCGCAGCUCUUCAGGGCGAGUUUUACUGCAAGCCCCACUUCCAGCAGCUUUUCAAAAGCAAAGGCAACUACGACGAGGGUUUCGGACGCAAGCAGCACAAAGAGCUCUGGGCUUCCAAGGAGUCAGAUAACAUCACAAAGUCGCCAUGAUCACACCUGCCUUUUUUUUUUUUUUUUGUCCUUUUGAACACCUCCAGCAUGUUUUGCGAUGAACACAUGCCUCGUUAUGCUGGGGCGCAGUUAAUUCGACCACGCGCUUUUUAAAAAAACGCCAUCUGAACAGAAACAUGCACAAACCGCUUAGAAAUGACCCAUAGCAUCAAAACGUCUGGAGAUCUUAAUCGACUAUUAUUUUAGACCUUUAUUUUCCUCUUUCCUGGGGAAUUGAUAGUUGAUUGUGACCAAAUUUGUUCCCUGCAUUAAAAUAAACACAAAAUUGACCAAGUAUUUUUGGUGUAGUUUGUAUUGCAAAUAUCUUAGUUCACAUGAAAUAACGACAAUUAACUUACAAGUAAC